CCAUGUCGAGUGUGCAAGUCAAGGUGCUCUAGCAGCCUUGCAACUGGCACGUUGUUCGGCAUCUACUUCUAGUUGAGUUUUGUUCCUGCAGCGGUAACAAAUUAUAUGAACCUUCUAAAAGUUAUUUCUUUUAUUUUUGUUGUUAUUUCCAUUAAUGCAUUGUGUGUGUGUGUGUGUGUGUGUGUGUGUUUUGUUCUUACACAGAUCGUCCCAUGCAAUGCAAGAUAGGAAUUCAAUGAGCUGACCGAAGACACUAUGAUCUUCGACGCUCCUGGGGGGCCUACACUAUGGAGGUCGAGAAGGAAUGAAAGAUGUCCCAGAUUUGAGGAGAUGAAUGAGAUCAUUUCAUUGCCCAUAUGCGACUCACUGGGGGGUGAAUUGAUCAACUUCUCCUUCAGAGGACGAAGAACCAGGCUGGUUGUUAUCUAUCUCAACACGGAGGAAGAUGAUGAGGACCCACUUGAUGAAGCCCUCUAUGGCCAAAGAACGAGGCUGGGCGAUGAUGAAAUGGACAACCUUUGGAAAAAACUUCUGCCACGUGAUGCCUACGCCGGGAUGCCAUUCGUGAGCCAUCUGACAAGGACGAAUAUUAUCCGCCAUGUCAUGAAAUUACCUACGAGGCUAUCGGUGAGUUGUGACAUCGAGCCGGAUGAAGCAGACAUGGCUAGACUACGCCUUACCACAAGGGGCUCCAUCACCACCUGUGCGUACGCAGUGGACACGGAUGAUUGCACUGUCUUAAGCAUGGCGGGGUGGAACAACUUCCUUGCUGGCAAGAAUCUCUGUGUUGGACAGGUCAUCUUAGUCACUAUCAGAAACACCCCGCGUGUUGACUUGAGGAUGAUGAUCAUCAUUGAUCUCAUUUGAAAGUAUAUGUGUGGCUGGGCCAUCAGUGUUAAAUAAACUACUUAUUAACUAUUAGUUAGCUAGUGUUUGUGAGAGUAUUGUCAUUUAUUAAUUAGCUAGCUAGUACUAUUUGUGAGAU